AUGGCCAGCGCCGAUGAACCGCCGCCGGAUCCAGCUGGGCACAGCGACGAAGAUGAGACCGCGGAGCUCGUGAGGGAGGCGCUGCAGGAGAUGAAGGCGCUGAGGCAGGCCUGCCGGGAACCAGCACCUCCGAAGCCCGUGAAUGAACAGGAGGGCGCCGUGCUGGACAACGAGUGGUAUGACCUGUUGCAACGGUGCGUGGACAGCCCAGAGUUUCUGAAGAAACUUGAGUCCAUAUGCAGCUUUGCCACUGACACAUCAACAGAGGGAGAGGACAAGAAAACCACAAAGGAGCCGCUUACAGAAGAUGAGAUCAUGGAGAGUGUGAGGGAAUCAUACAUUGUUGUCAGCCGGGACGAUGCCGUGGAGUCGAUGGCCCUCAUAAUCGCUUCAAGCGUCUCAAAGUGCCCUGAGGCACAGAAACUGGGAACCAAGGAGCUGCACAAGGCAGUGGUGAAGGCGUGCAAGGACUUGAAGACCAGCAAGCUGAAAUCUGCAUGGCAGUGGAGUUAUUUUUUGUACCGCACUGUUGCUGUGAGCUACAGCGCUUUUCAGGUUUUCGAGCACCCUUGGCUGAUGCGAGCGAUUGCGUCUGCCCUAUGGCAAGUCCCAAGGACCAUGUGGGGACUCAUGUUUUAA